GGGAGAGGUAGAGAGAGAGGGAGAGGGAGAGCUAGAAGGGUCUCCCUGACCUCAUGAGUGAAGACGGACCAGCGGUAUGAACCAGGAAAGCUGUUAUUGUUGUGUGUGUGUGUGAGUCGGUGUGUGCGUCUGAGGACUGUGUGUGUCUGUUAACAUACUUCUGUCUGAUCCCCCCAGGGACAAGACACACUGAGAGGAAGGAGGAGAGACGGGGAGAGAGAGGGAGCGAGAGGGAGGGGGCGAGAGAGAGAGAGAGAGAGAGGGGAAACGAGGACAGAAGUGUGUGCAAGGAACUUCAGAGCGCAGAAAAGUAGGAGAAGAGAGAGGAAGAGGUUAUCGUACUUCUGGGAACGAGGAGCUCGUGGUCAGAGGCGGAUGAGGAGAGCCUGAGGUUCGUGCAGGAGUAGGAAAGAGACCAGGAAGGGACCAGGAGAAGACUAGGAGUAGACCAGGAGGAGACUAGGAGGAGACCAGGAGGAGACAAGGAGGAGACCAGGAGGUGCAGCAGGAGAAGCAGCAGACCCAGAAGGAAACAUCUAAGCUCACGCUGGCUCCCCAACCACAGGCCAGGAUGAGGUACCAAGCCCGGGAGGUGGGGGUGGACGGGCGGGUGCGUCUGGUGCUGGAGGGGGCGCUGUCGGCCCGGGACCGAGUGGGCGUCCAGGACUUCGUCCUCCUGGAGAACUUCAACAGCGAGGCUGCCUUCAUCGAGAACCUGAGGAGGAGGUUCACCGAGAACCUCAUCUAUACCUACAUGGGGUCUGUCCUGGUGUCGGUGAACCCCUACAAGGAUCUGGAGAUCUACUCCCCGCAGCACAUGGAGCGCUACAGAGGAGUGAGCUACUACGAGAUCUCCCCCCACAUCUACGCCCUCUCGGACAACACCUACCGGGCCAUGAAGACCUCCCGGAGGGACCAGUGCAUCCUGAUCUCCGGGGAGAGCGGUGCCGGGAAGACGGAGGCCUCCAAGAAGAUCCUGCUGUACUACGCCGUCUCCUGCCCCGCCCACCAGCGCAUGGCCUCCCUCAGGGACUGUCUGCUGCAGUCCACCCCCGUCCUGGAGGCCUUCGGGAACGCCAAAACACUCCGCAACGACAACUCCAGCCGCUUCGGGAAGUACAUGGACAUCCAGUUUGACUUCAGGGGGGUGCCGGUGGGCGCUCACAUCCUGAACUACCUGCUGGAGAAGAGUCGCGUGGUGCACCAGAACCACGGCGAGAGGAACUACCACGUGUUCUACCAGCUGCUGGAGGGCGGGACUGAGGAGCAGCUGCUGCGCCUGCACCUGGACAGAAACCCCCAGAAAUACCUCUACCUGGUCAAGGGUAACUGUCCCAGAGUCAGCUCCAUGAACGAUAAGAACGGCUGGAAGGCCCUGGUCAAGGCCCUGUCUGUCAUCGGCUUCACCGAGGGAGAGGUGCAGGAGCUUCUGGACGUCAUCGGCAGCGUCCUCCACCUGGGCAACACUCAGUUCGGAGAGGAGGAGGACGGACAGACCUACGUUACCACGGAGAUGGAGCUCAAGACCCUCACCCAGCUGCUAGGCGUGGACGGGGCAGCCCUCACUGAAGCUUUGACCCACAAGAAACUGACAGCCAAUGGAGAGGAGAUGAUCUCCCCCCUGACCUUCGAGCAGGCGGGCGCGGCCCGAGACGCGCUGGCCCAGGCUGUGUACGGCCGCACCUUCACCUGGCUGGUGGAGAAGAUCAACCAGUCGCUGGCCCUGCAGGGCGACGGGACCUCCUGCAGAGACGGCUCCUCUGUCAUCGGCCUGCUGGACAUCUACGGUUUUGAGGUCUUCCAGCACAACAGCUUCGAGCAGUUCUGCAUCAACUACUGCAGUGAGAAGCUGCAGCAGCUGUUCAUCGAGCUGACGCUGCGCUCGGAGCAGGAGGAGUACGAGACGGAGGGCGUCGCCUGGGAGCCAGUGCAGUAUUUUGACAAUAAGGUCAUCUGUGACCUCAUCGAGGAGAAGCACAAGGGCAUCAUCUCCAUCCUGGACGAGGAGUGUGUGAGGCCAGGUGAGGCAUGUGACCUGUCCUUCCUUGAGAAGCUUGAAGACACGCUAGGAGGCCACGCCCACUUUGUCACUCACAAGCUGGCCAAUGGGAAGACCCGCAGGGUGCUGGGCCGCGAGGAGUUCAGACUGCUGCACUACGCUGGAGAGGUCAACUACACCGUCACCGGUUUCCUGGACAAGAACAACGACACCCUGUACAGGAGCCUGAAAGAGGUCAUGUGUCAGUCUACCAAUCGCAUCGUGGAACACUGCUUCCGCAGAGGCGAACUAGUUGACCAGAAACGUCCUGAAAUGGCCGCCACCCAGUUUAAGAACAGCCUGACCAAGCUGAUGGAGACCCUGAUGUCUAAGGAGCCGUCGUACGUCCGCUGCAUCAAACCCAACGAUGCCAAGCAACCAGGGCGGUUCGACGAGGUGCUGGUCAGACACCAGGUGAAGUACCUGGGGCUCAUGGAGAACCUGCGCGUCAGGAGGGCGGGCUUCGCCUACCGACGACACUUUGAGGCCUUCCUUCAGAGGUACAAGCCGCUGUGCCCUGAGACAUGGCCCGUGUGGCAGGGAGAGCUGGCUGAAGGCGUCUCCACCCUGGUCCAGUACCUGGGCUACAAACCAGAGGAGUACAAGAUGGGCAGGUCCAAGAUCUUCAUCCGCCUGCCCAAGACUCUGUUCACCACCGAAGACGAGCUCGAAGCCAAGAAGCCAGACAUCGCGUUGAUCCUCCAGACUUCGUGGAGAGGAUACAGAGAGAGAUCCAAGUACAAGCGCAUCAGGAACGCAGUCAUAGUGAUCCAGGCUGCAUGGCGUGGAAUGAAAGCUCGCAGGAGAGCUAGAAGACGACGAGAUGCAGCCGACUUAAUACGAAGGCUGAUUAAGGGCUUCAUCCACCGCCACGAGGAGUACGGCCCCGACAACGACUACUUCCUGGACCACGUGCGCUGCUCCUUCCUGAAGACGCUGCGCAGGAACCUUCCUCGCAGUGUGCUGGACAAGAGCUGGCCCACCCCGCCCCCCUCCCUCACACAGGCCUCAGAGGAGCUGCGUCAGCUGAACAUGAGGAACAUGGUGAGGAAGUUCUGCCUGGCCAUCGUACCGGAGUGGAGGAAGCAGAUGGACCAGAAGGUGGUGGCCAGUGAGCUCUUCCGAGGACAGAAGGACAGCUACCCCCCCAGCGUGGCUGCUCUCUUCCUGGGGACACGCCUCGAGAGCGAGCACAUCAACCUCAAAGUGGUCCAGACCCUGGGCAGUGAAAAGGUCCAGUACGGGGUGUCAGUCAUUAAGUACGACCGACGAGGCUUUAAGCCCCGCCCCCGCCAACUGCUGCUGACGGGUUCAGCGAUCGUCUUGGUGGAGAAGACCAAGAUCAAGCAGAGGAUAGACUACGAUGCACUCAGAGGAAUCUCAGUGAGCCGCCUGAGUGACGGGAUCCUCGUUCUGCACGUGCUCUGUGAAGACAACAAGCAGAAGGCGGACCUGGUGCUUCUGUGUGAUCAUGUGAUUGAGGUCGUGACCAAGGUCGCCAUGAUGGCCAACAAGGUCGACCAGGUCAACGUGAGCCAGGGCAGCAUCAGGUUCUCUGCUGCGCGCAGCAAGGAGGGCGUGGUGGACUUCACCAGGGGCCCGGAGCUCAAGGUGGCCAAGGGCAAGCAUGGACACCUCCUGGUGGUG